AUGGAGACUGCCUCUUAUCUCGUUAUUGGCGGGUGCGGCCACCAGGGCGCCCACAUCGUGAGGGUCCUCCUCGAAAAGUACCCCAAGGCCAAGGUCGCUGUGAUGAGCAGAAAUCCAAACGUGAACACGUUCCCGGGAGCACAAUAUCUGAAGGGCGAUGUUACGUCCUCUGACGAUCUCAAACGCGUCUUUGGCGUCUGCAAGCCCCUGGUUGUGUUCCACACUGCAGCAUUGAUCGUGGCGUUCAGAAAGAAGCAGCCAGACUCGUUGAUUCAGGCCGUCAAUGUCGAUGGAACUCUCAAGGUCAUCGAAACCUGUAAAAGCUUUGGGGUGAAGGCACUGGUGUACACAAGCAGCGCCUCGGUGAUGCACAUAGACCAGUCCAAGCCCAUGACGGAUGCUCUGGAAUCGGGUCCAGAAGUCAACGAAGACUCCAAAACAAAUUCAUACAACAAGUCAAAGGCUGAGGCAGACCGCAUCAUUCGUGCUGCUAAUGAGGAUAACGGCCUGAGGACCUGUUCUUUGAGAGUCGCCGCGAUUUACGGGGAGUUCGACACAGAGCAGCUCCCGGGAUAUCUCAACGUUCUUAAGUCAAAUCAACACUGGAUGCAAAUCGGAAAGGGCGAGAACAGGAUGUCUGUAGCAUAUUCAGGAAACGUAGCACACGCCCACAUCCUUGCAGCAGAGAAGCUUCUUGCUGGAGCUGAGGGUGUAGCUGGCGAAGCCAUCACUAUCAGUGAUGGGUCUCCCAAGUUCUGGGAGCAUGGGCGUGCAGUAUAUCGUGCCGCCGGGACUGACGUCAAGCCAAACCAAAUUAUCCGAAUCCCUUAUGCUCUCAUCAUCAUCGUUGCCCUGUUCGAGGAGUUCCUUGCCUGGGCCAUUGGAAGACACCCGACGCUGACGCGCGAGUCGAUCCUGUUCUCAGUCAACGACUACACUGCGAAGAAUGACAAGGCCAGGAAAGUAUUGGGCUACAACCCUCCCGUAGGCUAUGAGGAGAGCCUGGAGAGGAGUGUCAAGUGGUGUCUGGAGAACAUCGAAGGACUUAAGAAGUAG